GAUAUUGUUGUUUUUGAUAAUGAAUCUUUGAGUGAAGAUAAUAUUAACUUAGACCUUAAUAGUAAUACGGAUCAUUCUAAUGACAGUAAUACAGACCAUUCUAAUAAAAAUACUAAUUCAAAUUAUUCUAAUAAUACUAAACCUAAAUUGCGAAAGAACAUCAGUUGGGUUUGGCAAUAUUUUCACAAGAGACAUCCAUCACAAAAAUGGAAAAUAUGUGCAAAUUGUACUGUUAUUGUGAAAAGUAAAAAGUCACCAAAUGGACAAGAAUGCGAGCAGUUAGUUAAGACUCAGGGUUCAACGGGCAACUUUCAAGCACAUUUAAAUACACAUGGAAUAACUAAAUCUAUUAAAACUAUUAAUAUAACCACGCAACCAACAAUUACUGAAAUGUUUCAUCGUGCUGCUGAACAAAAUACUCGUUAA